UGGAACCCGAUUCAACUAACCAAAGCGAUAAACAAACUGUACAGGAAAAUGGCAGAGGUUGGUGUUUCAGUGGAUCAGUUCAGCUGUCCAGUGUGUCUGGAUCUCCUGAAGGAUCCUGUGACUAUUCCCUGUGGACACAGUUUCUGUAAGGUGUGUAUUAAUGGCUGCUGGAAUCAGGAGGAUGUGAAGGGCGUCUACAGCUGCCUCAAGUGCAGAGUGACUUUCACCCCAAGGCCUGUUCUGUGCAGGAACAACAUGCUGGCUGAAGUGGUGGAGAAACUGAAGAAGACUGAACUCCAAGCUGCUUCUCCUGCUCACUGUUACGCUGGACCUGGAGAUGUGGAGUGUGAUUCCUGCACUGGGAGAAAAUACAAAGCCGUCAAGUCCUGUCUGGUGUGUCAGGCCUCCUAUUGUGAAGCUCAUCUUAAACCUCACUAUCAGUCUCCUGCCUUUAAGAAGCACAAGUUAGUUGAAGCCUGUGCAGAGCUCCAAGAGAAGAUUUGCUCUGAACACGACAAACUGAUCGAGAUCUUCUGUCGUACUGACCAAAGCUUCAUCUGUUAUUUGUGUACAAUGGAUCAGCACAGAGGCCAUGAUACCAUUGCAGCUAAAGCAGAAAGAAAUGAAAAACAGAAUGAGCUAAAGGAGCAGCAGAUGAAAUCCCAGCAGAGGAUCCAGGAGAAGCAGAAGGAGGUGCAGGAGCUGAAACAGACUGUGGACACUAUUAAGGUGAGGAGUGAAGAGUCGCUGUGUUUCAAUUAA